AUGUCCGGCCCGGUUUCGAUACAAGACUCUGCCAAAACCCCUCGGACACUUUUCACUGUCGUUUGUUUCUUGUCGUCCUGGCCUCUUGGAUUCAUACCUCUAAGUGUUUCUUUCUCCACCGGGCUUGAGCGGCAUCGAUAUUACUUUGACGUCCUUCAUUUCCCAAGUGACGAACGAGGGCACGAGACCACAAUGAAGACAACAUGUUGCCCUUUGGAAGACUUCAGAGACGCGCAAUCUAUGCGACACGCAGGUGAUGCUACCGUCGCAUGCAAAGGUAACAUUUUGAGGCCCAAGAGGGGUUGUGUGUAG